CCGGCAGAUAUACGAAAAAAGAUAAUUUCAGUAUUAUGAUAACGUAUUUUAAAACUUUUACCAUACCUCACAUGCUGUAUUGACUGUGUUCAACAUGGACUAUAAAUUUGUGUUUAGUGUACUGUGUUUAACUACCUUAUAUCAAUUAUGUUACGGUUUGCAGAAUAGAAAACAACGUACCAGUAAUGAUGACUUCGUUAUAUCAAUAACAACUGACGGGACGUACAGUAUAAAUAUACACGGUAAAUCAUGGCUAAACAGCGCCCCGACAUUCUUCAACGCUAACAACAAGACGUACAGCGCAGCGGACAAAACGCUUAAUCUUACGUCAACGUCAGCGACGUCAGGGACGGAUAAGUUGGGCCAAUGGCAGUCGACGUCGUUCGAUUACGUUAUAAACGAUGCCGGCAAAACCAGAUUUACAGCGGUGAUAAAAACCUACCCUAGCUUACCCGUGAUUAUUUUCCAACAGGUGUAUACGGACGGGGCCAAGUGGACCCAGGGUAAAACGUACGAGGAUCUAUGUGGGGGAUUUCCCGGGUUUCAGCUGGAGGGACCCCCGGGGCUACUCGGCUUCCUUUCCUUUGGCGGUCUGAUGUUUGGGGAUACAAGCAAGAAAAUUGGGCUAUGGUACUACCAAGGCUUAGGAAUCAACGGUGGACUGUCCGGUGGUCCUCUGGCGGUGUUCGACCGGACCGGAAACACUGUCAUCUUUUCUCCCUUCAACAAUUUCAUGGCCGCCUCCCUGCAUCAGGACGCCCCAUACGGCGGAAACGUGUACGCCGGAAUUAUGGGAGGUGUCUCCUCGGUUCCGAUGGGCUACACCCAAGAGUUUAUUCUCUACUAUGACACUGGGAUAAACAAGGCAUUUGAGGGGUGGGGUAAAUUGAUGCGAACGUUCUACGGAAAGGACCCAGCCAGACAACAGGAAGAUAUGACCAUCAAAUAUCUGGGCUAUUAUACGGACAAUGGUGCAUACUACUACUACAAUACGGAGAAGAACAAGACAUAUGAACAGACAAUGUUGGAUGUUCGAACCUACGCCAAUAACAAGACAAUACCAUACAAGUAUGUCCAGUACGAUUCCUGGUGGUACUACAAGGGUGUUGACGACGGAGUGAAGACCUGGGUCUCCCGGCCUGAUGUCUUCCCAGACGGCUUUUUGAACGUUUCCCGUAUGAUGGGUUUACCAGCAGCCGCCCACAACAGAUACUGGGCCUCGGACACGACGUACGCGAAGCAGAACGGAGGCACGUACGACUUCAUCGUAGAGAAGAGUAAAGCACUUCCGGUUACUAAGAAAUUCUGGGACGACUUGUUUAAUGAGGCAAAGAAGUGGGGACUCGUAAUGUAUGAACAGGAUUGGUUGAACGUGGAGUUUAGCGGCGUCCAGGCGUUACUACAUAAUCUGACCCUCGGGACAACGUGGCUUGACCAAAUGGCGACAGCGGCUGACGAUGCGGGGAUAUUUAUCCAGUACUGCAUGGCAAACCCUCGCCACGCCAUGCAAGCACUCAUGUAUCCCCGAGUUACCCAGGGACGUGUGUCUAACGACUACAGCCCUGGUGACGGACAGUGGAGUAUCGGUAUUUCCAGCAUCUUUGCCACCGCUCUCGGCAUCGCCCCCUUUAAGGAUACAUUCUGGACCACUGAGACACAGCCUGGCAACAUUUAUAAACGAACUGAGCCCAACUGGAAACUGAACAUGGUUGUAUCGACCCUGAGUACCGGGCCCGUGGGUCCCAGUGAUAUGGUCGGGGCCACCAAUGUGUCCAUGCUGAUGAAGUGCUGCCGUAGUGACGGCGUGAUCUUGAAACCCCAGUUUCCCAUUAGAGCCAUUGACGCACAGAUACUUCAGGCGGCGUUUAAUGACGUGGACGGCCCAGACGGGGAGGCGUGGUUGUCGUACACCCAGGUGGGCGGGUUGAGGUUUGCCGAUAUCCUCGUGCUCAAUCUCAAGAGCCCGUAUACACUGUACCCCCGGGACACUGGCAUCUACGACAAUGUUGGCCUAACAGACCUGUACGCUGUGCCUUAUGAUGAUCCCUUUGGCUGGGUGACCUUUAGCUCUCUGUACGGUCUACAGUUCGAUAGCCGCUUUACACCGAGUAGGAUAGCCUUCUACCAUGUCUCGCAAGCUAUUCCCGGAUGGUUUGAGACGGCCAUUCUAGGUGAACUUGAUAAAUGGGCACCUAUGUCACCUCAACGCGUGACGUCACUUACAUGGACCAGCAGUACCGUGACAUCGGAGCUUGUGGGCGCGCCAUUUGAGCAGUUCGACUUCUGGUACAUUCUUGGUAGCAAACAAAAUGCUGUCACGUGCAAGCUUGGGGCAACCGGGGCUGCUACCUUUAUGUUGGAUAAUGACCUUGGGAUCGCAACGUGUAAACCUUAAACGGCUAAUAUGCAAGUAUAUUACUUGUUUGUACAAGAUUGGGUAUUAUGUUUUAUAUCCGGGCAUUGCAAUAUGUAACUUAAUUUGUGACAAUGUGUCUUAACACAUUAACAACGUACACUAUUGGUCAACUGUGUUAAUGUUUAUGAUUAAAUUAUUGUAUUUUUGGUUCUGUUUUAUUGCAUAUUGUAAUUACUGAAAUAAAAACAACAACAUA